UUUUAUAAAAUCUGGCAUCUCUGCAAGUUUCUCAUUUUAUUACUACAUUUCUGCAGCUUUUGUACACGUAUUCGGUUACGGUGGUGCGACUAAAUUUGAAGUUUGAAUCGUAUUUCCAGUGUAUAGCAACUUGAUUUUAGAUAUCAUUUCACUGUAUACCUAGAUUUAAUUACAACUUGCAGAAUUCUCUGGAGUGUAUUGUAGAACAAAAGGAUGCAACUUUCGGAAGGAUCUUGUUACACUAUCAUCAAUGCGCAAGAAACAGAACCGUACAAUGAAAUGCAACUUAAGUUGGAUCUUGAAAAGGGUGAGCUCAAUGUUAAGAUAGAUACGCUUAAACGAGUUAUUCAACUACUUUUAAACGGGGAACGAUUGCCAAGUUUGCUAAUGACUAUAAUCCGGUUUGUUCUACCUUUGCAAAAUCACACAAUUAAAAAGCUUUUGCUUAUAUAUUGGGAAAUUGUCCCGAAGACUUCUCCCGAUGGAAAGCUUUUGCAAGAAAUGAUUCUGGUUUGUGAUGCCUAUCGAAAAGAUCUCCAGCAUCCAAAUGAGUUUUUAAGAGGUUCUACACUGAGAUUUUUGUGCAAACUAAAAGAGCCGGAACUGCUAGAGCCGUUGAUGCCAGCCAUCCGUGCGUGCUUAGAACAUCGCCAUUCAUAUGUUAGAAGAAAUGCAGUGUUGGCUAUAUUUACAAUUUACAAGAAUUUUGAAUGGCUGGUUCCAGAUGGCCCCGAACAAAUUGCGAAUUUUCUAGACACUCAGCAGGACAUGUCAUGCAAACGGAAUGCUUUUCUGAUGCUCUUACAUGCUGACCAGGAAAGAGCACUGAAUUAUCUUGCUUCCUGUUUAGACCAAGUUAGUAAUUUUGGAGAUAUACUUCAACUCGUAAUUGUGGAACUAAUUUAUAAAGUAUGCCAUGCUAAUCCAGCUGAACGCUCACGUUUCAUACGUUGUAUUUAUAAUAUGUUAAACUCCAACUCUAAUGCAGUUCGCUACGAAGCCGCUGGUACGUUGGUUACUUUGUCAACUGCACCCACAGCCAUUAAAGCUGCAGUUAGUUGCUAUAUUGAGUUGAUCAUUACCGAAAGCGAUAAUAAUGUUAAGUUAAUUGUUUUGGAUCGCCUGAUUGCACUGAAGGAGAAUGAGCAUAUGGAGAGAGUUAUGCAAGAAUUAGUAAUGGACAUUCUACGGGUAUUGACUGCUACCGAUAUCGAAGUUCGACGAAAAACAUUGACAUUGGCUAUGGAGUUGAUUUCAUCCCGAAAUAUAAAGGAUAUGGUUUUGGUUCUAAAGAAGGAAGUAUCUAAAACGCAUAAUGUUGAGCACGAAGAUACCGGAAAAUAUCGUCAGUUGUUGGUACGAACCCUUCACAGUUGUUGCAUUAAAUUUCCCGAUGUAGCUGUUACAGUUAUACCAGUGCUUGUUGAGUUUUUGUCAGAUUCAAAUGAACUGGCCGCAGCAGAUGUCCUGAUUUUUGUACGCGAAGCCAUUCAAAAGUUCCCCCAUCUUCAACUACUUGUUAUUGAUAAAAUAUUGGAAGCAUUUCCUGCUAUUAAAUCUUCGAAAAUUCAGCGAGCUGCACUUUGGAUCUUGGGCGAAUACGCUACUUCAUUGAAGGAUAUCUUGAAUGUGAUAGCUGUUAUAAACCAAACCUUGGGCGAAGUUCCAAUAGUAGAAUCUGAACAACGUCGUCUCUCUGGUGACGAAAACGAGUCGGAUGAGAAUAAAACGCCAAACAACAUUGCAGGUGGUGUACCAAAUAAAGUAACAUCUGAUGGAACAUAUGCUACGCAAAGCGCAUUCAGUGUUGCACCAUUAUCUAAAAAGGUAGACCGCCCAUCGCUUCGUCAGUACUUGAUGGAUGGGGAUUUCUUCAUUGGAGCAACACUUGCGUCAACUUUAACAAAACUUGUUUUGCGGUAUGUUGAGCUGGAAUCUAAUGAAAAAAAGCAGAACCGACUUUGCACUAGUGCCAUGUUAAUCAUGAGCUCAAUUCUUCAUCUUGGCAAAUCUGGAUUGCCUGCAAGAGCUAUAACCAACGACGACCGCGAUCGAAUAUUUCUUUGUUUAAAAACACUGAGUCAGCGAACAACAGAAAUCGUACACAUUUUCAAACAGUCUUGUCGUGAUGCAUUAGCAAACAUGUUAAGUGCGCAAAAUGAAGAAGAACAACAAACUCAAAGAGAUAAACGACAGAUUACAACGAAAAUUCAACCAGAUGAUCCAAUUUCAUUUACCCAAUUAGCAAAUGGAAAAAACGAUCAAUUAGGUGAAAACGUGUUUGAAUCAAGUUUAAAUCAAGCGCUUGCAGGAACGAAAAACGCAGCACUUUCGGAUGUUGCAUCACCAAAUAAUAAGUUAAAUAAAGUGACCCAACUAACUGGCUUUUCCGAUCCUGUUUACGCUGAAGCGUACGUGCACGUAAACCAAUAUGAUAUAGUACUCGAUGUACUGAUUGUUAAUCAAACCAAUGACACAUUACAAAAUUGCACACUGGAGUUGGCUACUGUGGGUGAUCUUAAGCUGGUAGAACGACCGCACCCAGUUGUGCUGGCGCCCCAUGAUUUUUGUAACAUAAAGGCAAAUGUAAAGGUAUCUUCAACAGAAAACGGGAUUAUAUUUGGAAAUAUAGUUUAUGACACUACUGCAUCGAAUGUUGUAGUAUUGAAUACUAUUCAUAUCGAUAUUAUGGAUUAUAUUGUGCCGGCGAGCUGUACCGACACUGAGUUUCGUGCUAUGUGGGUCGAGUUCGAAUGGGAGAAUAAAGUUUCAGUUAAUACCACAUUAACUGAUUUGCACGAUUAUCUAAAAAUGCUAUUAAAAUCAACCAAUAUGAAAUGUCUCACACCAGAAAAAGCACUUUCUGGACAAUGCGGUUUUAUGGCUGCUAACAUGUAUGCCAGAUCGAUUUUUGGUGAAGACGCCUUAGCAAACCUUAGUAUUGAGAAACCUUUGGAUCGCCCUGAUGCUCCAGUCACUGGGCAUAUAAGGAUACGAGCUAAAAGUCAGGGCAUGGCACUUAGUUUGGGAGAUAAAAUCAACCACACACAAAAAUGUCUACAGGAGAAGUUAGUCGCCGCUUAGAGAGCUCAGCCGACAAAAGUACUGUGUGAAUUUGAAUAAUAUUUUCUAUAAAUUAAAUUUGCGCUACUCUGAAGUUCUUAACAUAACCUUGAAAAAAAAAAUAAAGUGGACUUCAUACAUGUUAUCGUAGUAUUACAAUAGCUUUAUGACAUACAAA